CAUCUGGUUUCAAUUUGAGUGACACAAGCAGCAGUAAAUACAUAAAACUUAAAACUGAUGUAAAAAACAUUGUAAGUUUAAUACAAAAUUUUAUUUUUUAUUUAGUAAUAAUUGGCCUUUAAUUUUUUUUUUUUUUUUUAAAUAAUCUUUUGUUUGGUCAGGUGAUUUUAAUUUGACUUCAUUAAAGCCUGUCAGCAUCUAGAACAUAAAGCAAUCAGAGUAUUUUUACAAUCACUUUUCAUGAGCUAUGAUUUAAUGUGUUUGGUCAGGUGAUUUUAAUUUGACUUCAUCAAAGCCUGUCAGCAUCUAGAACAUAAAGCAAUCAGAGUAUUUUUACAAUCACUUCAUGAGCUAUGAUUUAAUGUGUUUGGUCAGGUGAUUUUAAUUUGACUUCCUCAAAGCCUGUCAGCAUCUAGAACAUAAAGCAAUCAGAGUAUUUUUACAAUCACUUUUCAUGAGCUAUGAUUUAAUGUGUUUGGUGUCCAGAUUUGAGAUCUUAAGUUUAAAAAAACCAAAUAACAUCUGUUGCAGGAUAUGUUAUUCAGGUUCCUGUAUUAUACACCCACAAAACUGUGGUUUCAGUUUUUACUGUUUAGUAAUUUUUUUAAUUUUAAUUUUUUAUCAUCUUUUAUAACGACUGCUUUUUACUCUGCAGAUAUUAAGCCUUCUUAAAACAACAUUGAAAAGAGUCGUGGAUGUUAUUGUACAAAGUCUGAAGUAAGAUAAAGAUUUGUGUCUUUUACACAAUGAAAACUUACUGCAAUUCUAAUUAGUGCACUUCCUUUGAUUGAUUUUGAGACAUCAAAAGCAAGUGUUGCUAGUGGGCUACACACUAGAUGAUAGUAUGGAAAUUAUAUCCUAAAAAAAUUCACCAAUAUUUAACUUAAAGCAUUUUUACAUUUUUUCUAUUAUUUUAUUAUUAAAAAAAUUUCUAAAAAUGCAUUUUUACAUUUAUUGCAGCUAUUCAUUCUAUUUUUUAAAAAUAUUAAUGGUUAUAAAUCUGUUUACUUUCUCUGCCACUCCAUUAAAAAAAUUAUAAAUCAAGCCUGCACAACAUAUGGCCCGUGGCCGCAUGCAGCCCACCAGCACCCACUUUGCAGCAUGCGAAGUAACGAAAUACUCUUUAUUCUUAUUAUUUUUCUUAAUAGCUUUUCCCACUGUCCUAUUUUCUUUUGGCUCACACAAGUCCUGUCCUAUUUUCUUUUGGCCCGCACUGGUCCUGUCCUAUUUUCUUAUGGCCCGCACUGGUCCUGUCCUAUUUUCUUUUCGCCCACACAAGUUUUUCCUAAAGUGUUAUGGCCCACCUUACAUUUUUUGUUGUGCAGGCCUGUUGUAAACCAUCCACUAAACUAUUUAUUUUUUUUGUAUUAACCAGUUCAAGUUAAAACAAACAUGUCAGCUCACCCCAUUACACAUGAGAGGAAGACACAAACACCAUGGAAGAAAUUCUUUAUUUAAUAUAAGUAUUCAGCCACAUGCAUAAAAUUCAAAAACACUAUCAACAAAAAGUGACUUGAAGACAGCUCUACCAGUACAUACAUUGUUGAUUUUUUUACAAUAAAUUACUAUAGCUGUGACAUUUUUUUUUUAUAUUUGCAACAGGAGUGGAAGUCUUGUUGUUGAUUACACAGUGGUCAUUGCUCAGACAUCAGAAAGUGAUAAAGAAGAUCUGGCCAUAAAUAUGCUACUUAUAAUGGCCAACAAGAGCAAUAAUAUACAACUAGAUGGACAAAAUGUUGGCAUGUUGCAGAGUGUAGUGGCCGGAAAACAGAGUAAGAGUUUUAGUUUGUUAUAAUUUGAAAAAUUUUUUGGCUUGAUUAUUAUCAUCAAUAUAUUUAAUAGAAUUUUCAGCUUCUUGUGUAUAAGAACUAGUGCUUUUUCAUUCCUCACUUGACAGCAUCAGUAUUUAAAAGCUUAACUUUGUUAUAUUCACAUAACUUACCAUGGCCAAUCAAUAUUUAGUUAUUUUAAAUAAGUUUGUUGUCUUACAGUAGGCUCAACUUAUGCUUAUUAAAAGUGACAUUCUAAUAAAAAUUUCUUAAUUGGAAAGGCUUUUUAUUAAAAUAUACUUGUUAGGAAAAACUUUAUAAAAAUUAAUUGAUCGAACACCUCUUAAAAGCAGUAGAUAUCAAGUGCUGACAAGUGACAAAGAAGGCUAUUUUUUAUGAUUUUUUUCAAUAUAAAAUUUCUGGCUUGUCAAAAUUGGCAUUUUAAAAAAAUGUUUAUGACAUAAGAUGCUUCCAAAAAAUAAAAUAAAAUAACGAAGAAUAUUGUUGGCCUGUUCAAUUUUUAUAAUUAAUAAUAGCAAGUGUUACUUCUUUUAAAAUCUCAAGUGUUUGCCACUUGCAUCUAUACACAAUUGACAUAAAAUUAUGUGUAAAUCAAACCUUUAUCCAGAUGGAGAAGUUGUUUGCCCCUUUACUUGAUUCAGUAUGUACUAGCCAUUGCAUUAGCUUUGUUUUAUGAGUAACACCAGCAGUUGAUAUUUCUCUUAAAUUUUAAACCCUCAGUUAAUAGCAAUGACAGUGUCUGCCUGGUGAAAUCUUGUAGUCAAACUGAGGUGUGUGAGGUAAACCAAGGUUUUCCAGUCUGCAGGUAAAAACUUUAAAUUUGAAGCUUAAACUUGUAAAAAAAAAAAAGUUAAGUCAUGAAGAAAAUCAUUCUUAGGUUUUUGACACAGAAUUAUUGGGGCCUCCUAAUUUUUAUAUUUAUAACUUAUAACAUGAAAUAUGAAAAGGUGUAUUUAGUUUUUCUGUUGAGGUCAGAUAAGUUUGUUUUUUUAAAUUUAAUUGGGGGUUGGGAAAGGGGGGGGAUGUAUUUUGUUGUUUUUGACAUAAAUAAAAUUGUUGAAAGUAUUAGCUGCUUAUUUAAGAAGUCAUUUGUUUAAUAUAUAUGUAUAUAUAUAUAUAUUUUUUUACAGGUCAAAAGAAGAAAGUGAGUAAAAUACUCUAUAACAUAGGAAGAAAAGAUUAAUUUUACAAAUAGGCCCCAACAUAUAUGAAAUAUUGAACUCAAUUAAGAAUUCUAAUUAAAAUCAUUGGUAAACUGUUGUAAAGACUAUGAAAUUAAUUACAGUUUCCUUGAGGAGCAUGUUGAUUAAACAAUUAUAUUAUCUUUUUAUACAUCCUUAAAGGUGAAAUUCGUCUAAUCCUUGGUCUAAGCAUUGGCCUUCCAUUAUUCAUUCUUCUUUGCGUUGUUAUUGCUGUGUCGACCCACUGUUGGGCAAAAAAGAAAGGCAACCUUAUGACCUUCACAGAAACAGAUGACUCUUUGUCCAGUUUCAAUAAACAUAAGUAAGCUUAUCAAGAAAAAUGUCAAAUAAAUAAAGAUUUUAACCAGAACCAAACAAGGGAAUUUAACUUGAAAUUAUCCUUCAAUACAAUAGGGUGGCUAGUUACCCUGAUCUGAAUAUAAAGUAUGAGUUUCUUUUUAAAAAUAGCCUUUAUUAGUUGCUGGAAAAGGAAAAUACAUAGUUAAUUAAUGGUAAACAUAUGCUGAAAGCAACUUUCUUUGUUUCUGCAUCUUCAGGAAUGAGAGGACAAUUUUAUCCAAGCAGCUUUAUUUUGGAGACAAAGGUUUGCAGAACAGUCCAGCCUGGCGCCCAGGUACACGAAUUUACGUUCAUUUACAAAUUAUGUAAUCUGUUUUAUCGUAGUAGUUGAAAUUAUUUGAAAAAAAAAAUUCUGAAAGUUUGUUAGACCUAGGCUGCAGAUGAAAUUUCUCUGAAUUUUUUUUUUUUUUUAAAUUUGUUUGACCCAGAAUGCAGUAUUUAAAAUUUGAGGUAAUUUUCAAAUUAUUUUGUAAAAACUUAUACUUUCAGCACCUGCUUUACCUGAACCAAAGGAAGGAAGGUCCAAUAAAGGAUUUAGAUAUGCCUCAAAUAAUAUCUAGUAAGUUUCUUGUUGUACUGUCUUUAAUUCUAAUAUACUUUAUAAAAUUUCAAGACCUGUUGCAGGUUCAGUGGGGUGAAAACAGGCAAAACACACCUAAAAAAACAACAUUUGGGUUGCAGAAAUUCCCCAAGAAAACAUAUUUGUGACAGCUGUCCAUAACUAAAUUAUUUGUAGCUAUAGCAUUUGGAAAAGCUUGAUUCAAAGCAUUGUACAAUGACAUAGAAUUUAUUAUAAAAGUUAUAGUAGUUAAAAAUGUAAUAGCAAUGAAAAAUUCACUUAUGUUUGUUGUUCAUUAUUUAUUGAAACUGUUGAAUUGUAUGGUAAAUAGAUUUUUAAAGAUAAUUUUAGAAUGUUUCUUCUUUUUCAGAUCUUUUCCUUCCAAAAGAAAAUCCAUUCACUUAUAUUUACUUAUCAUCUAUUGUUGGUUAUUUAUCCUGCUCUGUACAUAGAAAACAAAUUGUAAUUAUAAAUGUCUCUUUAUUUUCAUUUUUUUUUUGCUACAUAUAUACACAAAUAUUUUAUAAAAUUAUCAAAUUAACAACACUAAAUGGAUGCGAAUAAUAAAUAGUGGA